GAAGAAGUUUUGAAAAAGAAUGUUGAGUUUCUUCUAGUGAAAUCAAGAACUACAUGAAGUUAGUUUUUUAUAGCCUUAAAUUAAUCAAAGCCCUCUUGGUCAAACCCCUCAAACCCUCCAGUAUCAUGUGAAAAUGGCUGUGUAUAGCUGUUUGUUCAUGGCACUAAGUAAACUCCCACAGAUUAAGCCAAACUCCAUGGACAUUUUCUCCUAGUUAUAAGUGCCCUUUAAUUCCUCAAUGUGUUCAUUAAUUUUUCAUAGUCUCAAUUUACAGAUAAUCACAGGAAAAAAAAAAGUUCAAGAAUUGUCAAAAACUUCCUCGAGAUGGCUGCAAGGAGGCUGUGCAUUGCAUUGUCCUUCUUCCUCCUGUUCCUCUCCAUGGAAAUCCAUACAGUUUUAGCUCAAGGCAAUAACAAUGGCAACGGCAACGAGGGAAACAACAACGGAAAUGGCAACGGGGGCAAUGGCAAUGGUAACGACAACAAGGGGAAUAACAAUGGAAAUGGCAACGGUGGCGAUGGAAAUGGAAAUGGCAACCGAGGCAGUAACAAUGGUAACGGCAAUGGUAAAAAUCCUCCAUAUGAUGCUGCUACAACUAAUUAUGAUGUGUUGCCUAAACUCCCACGGUCGGGACAGGAACGAGUUUUCUGCAAAGCUCGGGGAGCCUGCCAGUACAGGACCCUCACAUGCCCGGCUCAGUGCCCCGAGAGGAAGCCCAAGAAGAACAAGAAGCAGAAGGGAUGCUUUAUUGAUUGCAGCAGCAAGUGUGAAGUUACUUGCAAGUGGAGAAAGCCUAAAUGCAAUGGCUAUGGUUCUCUAUGCUACGAUCCACGAUUUAUUGGAGGUGAUGGCGUCAUGUUCUACUUCCAUGGAGCGAAGGGCCGUGAUUUCGCCAUUGUCUCAGAUGAAAACCUUCAUAUCAAUGCACAUUUCAUUGGUACUAGGCCGGUAGGGAGGACACGAGACUUUACAUGGGUUCAAGCACUCUCAAUCAUGUUCGACUCUCACACACUUAUCAUUGCAGCCAAAAGAAUCCCACAUUGGGACAACAAUGUGGAUGCCCUUAUCGUCAAAUGGGAUGGAGAGACAAUCGAGAUUCCCACAGACGGAGAAGCUGAAUACAAACUCCAUGAUCGAGAAAGAGUAACGACAAUCGAAAGAACCGAUGAUCUUAACACAAUAAGAGUGACAGUUGAUGGCCUAGUAGAAAUGGACAUAAGAGUGACUCCAAUUGGUGAACAAGAAAACAAGAUUCAUAAUUAUCAAAUACCAGAAGAUGAUUCUUUUGCCCAUUUGGAGACACAAUUUAGGUUCUUCAAUUUGUCUGAUUUUGUUGAGGGAAUUCUUGGAAAAACUUAUAGGCCUGGAUAUGUAAGUCCUGUCAAGAAAGGGGUGCCAAUGCCUAUGAUGGGAGGGGAAGAUAAGUAUCAAACUCCAUCACUCUAUUCAUCUUCCUGCAAGGUUUGCAGAUUUCAGAGACCCUCUGCUGUUGCUAAAAUUUGAUUGAUUUCAAUUAAUUUCUGUAAUGUAUGAUUAAUAAGUCUAGUCUGAUUUAAAAUUGUGUUGUAAUGUGUAUUCUUCCUAUGUUCCAAUAAUGGAAUAGAUGAAAUAAUCAAAAAAUAUAUAUUUUAUUUAUGUGCUCUA